GGUGUUUGGGCUCGGUGACACCGCUGGCCUGCUGCCUUACAUGGGCAAACUUGUGAACUGACUGAGACGGCUGGAAUUUCAGAGCGUGACGUCACUGCCUACAACUCUCCCAGAAUUGGGAUCAAGAAGUUUCACUUUUUUUGGUGGGAUUUGAACCUCUGUUAUAUUUCCUAGAAAGCGAGAUUUCAACAUACAGUAAAGGACAUCGCUUCAACAAUCUCCCAGAAAUCCCAGAAAUCCAGAGAGGAGGAAAGGUGUGUGUCUGUCUGAUCCUGUAGCCCCCACCGCCACUUAGUGUUAAAAUUUGGAACCAUGUGGAACCCAGUGAACAGUAACGACCAGACAGGACAGGUGACUGCUAGGAUGGAGACUACUCCGUCUUUGGGUAGUGCGAGCAUUUCCAUCUCGCAGCAGCAGGCACCCAAGAAAUUUGCCCCUGUGGUCGCACCGAAGCCCAAGUUCAACCCUUACAAACAGAUGGGAGAACCCACCCACUCUGACAGUGCAGUGGACUACCCUCCCCCUCCACCACCUGCGGAAGACUCAACCGGUUUCCCACCAUCCUCUGGUUCCUUUCCUCCUCCUCCGAUGAACUCAUACGAUUAUCAGAUGAAAGGACCAGAGAAGACCCUGGAGGAGAGACGCUCCAGUCUGGAUGCUGAGAUCGACUCCCUCACCAGCAUCCUGGCAGACCUGGAGAGCAGCUCGCCAUACAAACCACGGAUUCCAACACAAAAUUCUGGAUCCUCGGCAGCCUCCACCCCCAGUGCUCCAGUGACUGGGUACAAGCGUAUGGUCAUUCCAACCCAGCCACCUCUGACUGCCACUAAGAAGUCUACGCCCAAACCUCAGGCUCCUGGGGGAGUCUCGUCCAUCCCCCCGUCCUCUGUAAGCCCGGUGGCCAAGCCUCAAAGCCACAUAGCUCCUCAGCCUGUCCCAGCUUCUUACGCUACAGCCUCAACCCCAAGCCAGCCCACCUUCAAUGUCCAGGUGAGGUCGGCCCAGCCUGGUCCACAGCAUCAAGCCCCAGGUGGGCACCAUUUUGGCCAGCAGCCCAUUCGUAGCCCUGCACAGGUGCAGUACAUGCCUGCCCAGCCCAAAGGUCCCGACUUUGCCUAUGGGCCACCACAGCCUGGCUUCUCCCCGAUGUCUCAGGGUGCAUAUCAAGAACAGCACCAUCCAGGAGUAGGUGGCUUAAGUUCCAGGAGACCUGAGCUGGCCCCCGCCCAAACAUACCAACCUCCAGGGCCCAAGAAGACCUACAUUACAGAUGUACCACCAAGCUUGGCUCCCUACACCUCUGGACCAGCUGUUCCACCAAAGGGCAGUGCACCCAUCGCCCACCCUGAAGACGAGCUGGAGCGCCUGACCAAGAAGAUGCUGUUUGACAUGGAUAACCCGCCAUCUGAGGAAUAUUUUGGGCGCUGUGCCAGCUGUGGAGAGAACGUUGUGGGUGAAGGCACCGGCUGCACUGCCAUGGACCAGGUCUUCCAUGUCGACUGCUUCGUCUGCAUGACCUGCAGCACCAAGCUGCGUGGCAAGCCUUUCUUCGCUGUGGAGAAGAAGGCGUACUGUGAGCCUUGCUAUAUUAACACCCUUGAGACCUGCACCAUCUGCAGUAAGCCCAUCAUGGAGCGGAUCCUGCGGGCUACAGGGAAAGCCUACCACCCUCACUGCUUCACCUGCGUGGUGUGCCACCGCAGCCUGGACGGCAUCCCUUUCACCGUUGACGCUUCCAACCACAUCCACUGCAUCGAGGACUUUCACAAGAAGUUUGCUCCUCGCUGCUGUGUGUGCUCUGAGCCUAUAAUGCCAGCGCCGGGCCAGGAGGAGACCGUCCGUAUUGUGGCCCUGGACCGUGACUUCCACGUGCAGUGUUACCGUUGUGAGGACUGUGGCUCUCUGCUCUCAGAGGGGGAUAACCAGGGCUGCUACCCUCUGGACGGACACGUCCUCUGCAAAAACUGUAACACCAGUCGCAUCCAGGCCCUCACCGCCAAGGCCACAACUGACCUCUGAGCAACCCACCGCCCGGUCACCUCCACUGUGAUAACCCAGCGCUCUCUCUCUCUCUCUCUCUCUCUCUCUCUCUCUCUCUCUCUCUCUCUCUCUCUCUCUCUCGCACGCAAACAUACCGAUCCACAGAAGCUUGCAUUCCACAGCAUAUACAUUUAUAUCCCUCUAUAUAUAUUCACUAUCAGUAACAAGAAAUAGCCUCACAUGUUCACCUGCAUACAUGUUUUACUCGGUACAGUCACAGCAGAAGAGGCUGUGUCUUUUUAACUGUGUUCUUGUUAAGCAAUAGUAGGGAAAUAUAAAAAGAUUGAUGCCUUUUUCUUGUCUGUAUGUUAAAUGUGAGGCUGCAGUCAGCAGGUGGAUAGCUUAGCUUAGCAUAAUAAUUAGCAUAAUAACUGGAAACGGAUAGCCUUAAACUUAACUGUACCCUUAAAGGACCAGUGUGUAGGACUUAGUGGCGUCUGGCAAUGUAGCUUCUGAUUGCACCACCCUCGCUUCACCCUCCUGUCCCAUGCGUGUAGGAGUAACUACAGUGGCUGUGAAAAAUGCCCUAUCUAGAGCCAGUGUUUGGUUUGGCCAUUCUGGGCUACCGUAGAAACAUGGCGGUUCAACACAGCAGACUCCUGCACCUUCCGUAGAUAUAAAAGGCUCAUUUGAAUUCACAUGUUGUAUCUUACCUUUGGACAGAGUCAGGCUAGUUGUUUGCCCCUGUUUCCAUACUUUAUGCUAAGCUAAGCUUCAGAGGUAGCCUUGACUGUACAGAUAUAAAAGUGGCAAUCAAUCUCAACAAAAAAGAAAAUAAGCAUAUUUCCCUAGAUGUCAAACUAUCACUCCCAAUCCACUAGUUAACAGUUACAAUAUAAAUAUACACUCAGUGUUAUUAUCUUAUAUUAUAAUAAUCUUACACCAGCACGCUGUAGCCAGGGUGCACAUGCAUGCUCGUAUGCAUGCAAGCCCAGAUAUUUCUCGCUGACCGGUUCUUGGGAUCUUAAAUGGAGUCUGACUCCACCAAAACAUGCAAAAUGUUUGACACAUUUGCCCUACAGGUGAAGACCUCAUGGAUGGAUGUGUGUAUGUCUGUAGCUUUAGCAGUAUUUAGAAAAAGCAUGAGUGUACAGUAUGUUGGUUACAACAUUGAUUUUAUCCUUUAGUGUUUAUUGCAGUGCACAUCCACAGACGGUACACAAAUAGGGAUACAGUUACACACUGAAGCUCAUUGUUGCAAAACAGUUCUGGAUAACUGAACACCAAAGAAUUGAAUUUAAACUGCCAUAUUUACUGUACCGUAUGCAGCUACAUCAAAUAUUACAUUAUAUUGAUUGGGACCACAGGAAUCACAAAAUGACAAACACAGAAUCCUCAAUAGGCAGCUGUUGAAUGCAAUUCCCUUUUGAACAUGAUAUUUUCUUUGUACUUUCCGAUUGAAUUUGCUUUCAUGUAUAGGAUUAUUUCCUGUUGGCCUGAACAGUACAAUCAUGGCAUUUCAUUCAUAUAGAUACGGCCUUAUAUUUGAGUUUAAUUAUAUAGUUUUUGGGCAGAUAGAUAUGUAACUUUUUCUCUCAUUUACCAUUACAUAGAUUAGAUUAGUGAUUGUAGUGUAAGCAGUCUGGUAGAGAUAACGGAUUUGAGAUGGCUAUGCAAUUUUUAAUGUUAAUUGCAUCGACACUUUAUAAGAAAUUUUAUGAAUAAGGAAAUAUUUUACCUGUACAGAUUCAAGCAUAAGUGUCCUUAUAGUAAUCCUUUAAUCAAAACUAUGCUGUUGGUACUUUGUGACUUUGUGCGUCACUGUGCUGUUUGUCAGUAUUGAUUGUACCAUUGACACUUGUCUUUUAUAUUUAGUGUUUGUUUCAAGUUGAUGGGCAAAGAAGGGACCACGAGAGUUUCCCCAAGAUGACUAAUUUCAUUAUUUGUUCCAUCCAAGAGUCAUUGACCAGUAGUUUGAUUUGAUAGUAACUUCAAUAUAAUUAUAGAGCAACAUGAGUUGUAAGACUUUUGAUGGUGGUGAGUUCAAGGUACCUGUGGAGUUUUUAACCACUAGCGGCGUGGUGGAGCAAUGCUAUUAGUCCCUGUUUUGUUUGGACCUUGCAUCCAUAUGGACCAGUAUGCAGAGACGGGGCCAUUGGGGUCACCUAAGGCACAGCCCUUCCCUGGGAUCUGAUUGGCUGGAUGGAUAUAAACAACGCACCAUUUUAGGUACAAACAAUCGGCUUUGCAAACAAAUGUUUAACAAUAAAGGAAAUGAAUUUAACAAACUUGAAACACUGAAUGUAAACAUAAAUUGAAUUUGUUUACAAGCAAACUCCACAGGAUACCUUUAAAGUUUCGAACUGGUUUGCCUAUUUAUUAGCUGGAUUGGUUUACAGUCGUCCACAUUAUGUAAAGUAUUUCCCAAGCCCUGAUUACAGAUGUGUUGUGCAUGUGGAUGGAUAUAUUAUGAACAAAGCAGUUAAUUCUAAUUGUUAGAGAAUUCUCUGUACUUCUCUGUGCUGUUUUCCUCACACAUUAAGAAGUGGUAUUUAGUGCCAUUUGGAUAUCAGAAAGUGAUUAUACAAACAAAACCUCUCUAUAUACUGUAUCUACUGUAAUCAGUAUGUCUGGUUACAUCAGAGUGAUCCAGCUGACUGUGGCAGUGCUCAACCAGGGUACCACAUUGUAAAUAACUCUGCUAAUAAGCCCAUUAAUAAACUGACAGUGAGUAGUCAUUUGACUUUCAUCAGACCGUGGCUGGGACACAUUUCCUACAUAAAAGUAGAGCAAAUUGUAGACCAUUUCAAAUCUAGUAUUUCACAUUGCCCAGAAGCACAGUGACUGCUCAGUACCACUGGUCCUCUACAAGGUUAGGCAACCUAAACUCGAUUUCCACAGGAAUUUUUCCAUUAAGACAGUUACAAAAACCAAAAGAGAACAAGACUUUUACAGUUGAAUAAAAAUCAUAACCGAUGAGUGCAUUCCUGGAGGGGAAAAAAAGAGAAAAAUGUCUUAAUAAAUAUGCUAAAAUUAAGAUAUAAUUAGAGAUACAAUUGACAGUAAUCUCAAGCAUCUUUUAUGAAUUAUUCAAAAUAGAUUAUAAACAUUACAUCGAGCUGCGGGAGAAGAAACAUUCAAAUCAGUGUCUGUCUCUAGUUACAGAAGACAUUUAUUGUCCUCAUUUUAUCUCUGCUGCUGUAAACAAAUGCAUACAAUAAAUCACACCAGCUACAUUACGACCAUACUUAGAGCUGGGGCUUUGACCAUUUGACACUUUCCUAAGUGAGUCAUCUGAUUACCCCCGGUUGUUAGGCAACAGAGGACAAAAAAUACAGACUAUAUAUCAUGAUGACACACAUGUUGCCAGGUUUCGGCUAACAGAUAUGUUGCAUUGCAUGAUCACUGUCUGUUAAAGGUCGAUUCGGGGCUUCCUGACCUGCCUGGAUAAUUAGACAGCAGUAUCACACAUCUGGGGAUGAAAACACAAAUGAAGAUUUCAAAGUGGCUUAACAGGCAGAAACUGAAAAUCCUCCUGUCGAAGAACAGUAUCACAGUGCUCAUUUAAAAUUCUAACUCAGGUACUUUUCAUAGCCAAUUGCCUCUAAAACAAUACUAGCUUAGUAAGUGUUAGUGAGUUAGUGAGUGGACCUUUGUGCUUUGGUUUUCUUCAGUUGUCUUCAAGUUUUCUGAAGCCAAAAUGAUCCAUUAUUCAGACCGGCCUCUGGUUCUUACUCUACAGGAAAACAUGCCAUUGCAAUAGUGUAGCAACAUUUGCUGUGCUUUCAGGCAUGACCAUCGCACAGUUGAAUCCUUCUAGCGCUGUGUUUAACUUAAUUAGUGACAAUGCGAGGAAGCAUGCAGUAAUUAUGAGCUACAAACAAAUACGUAAGAAUGUAGUUCACAACAUUACAUGCAGAAAGUGUGCUUUCCACAGCAACUGGUGACUGCCCAAAUCAGGAAUUCUGUAUGAUGUUUAGUGAAUGUACCAGUUCGCAAUCAAACAUUCAUUUAUUUUAUGCAGCAUAUAAUGCAGCCAUCAAUUAGAACUGUUGUUUAAAGCACAUGUUCAGACCUUGUGUAUGUUUGAGAGGAUGCAGUAGUGUUAUACACCAGAGUAAGAGCUGUUGUCACAGUUUAGUAAAGAGAAUUUUAUGCAGUGCUGCGUUAUAACUUCAACCAAUGUAACUUUUACCAAUAAUUAAAAUCUGCACAAAUCAAUUUUUGUAUUAACAAUGGCUCAAAUGCAGUUCCCCUCAGCCCUACAGAGCAUUUUAGCAUCCUUCAGCUCUUUGUUUUACAGUCCAUAGCUUUACUGUUUUGGUUCAGUCUCACAGCUCCCACUGUACGCUACCUGCUCAGCAGCACGCAGCAGACAGACAGUUGAACAUAGAGGAGCAUUUAGCAGCUAAAGACACAGAUAUUUCCCUCAGGAGCUGGUGGAAACCAAACCAGAGCAAAAAGGAGAAUUAAUAUUGCACUCCAGAUGAAUGUUAAUGCUUACUUUGCGUGCGGCAUGUGCUAACACAUUCCCCAUAUCAACUUUACAAGGUGAUAAUGAGUCUUUUUGUGCUUUCAUUAAGUAGCAAACUGCUCAGUUAACAUUAUUCUGAUACUGAUUCAUGUCUUUUUAUGGUUUUAACAUUUUGAAAUUAAAUGUUGCAAAAUAUUUUAUUACUGGCUUAUUAGCAAGUUUUCUACAAAGUACCCUGGUCUGGUCCACAGAGUUAAGCCUCUGCUGUAGGUUGUCAGUGUGCCAUUAAAGCUGUAUUAAACUCUCCUGUUUAGGGUAUUUGUAUGAACAGUCUGUGUAACCAUCACACAUUUUCAUGGGAGCAUAUCUGACAAGAAGAUUGAUGCUACGAGUAUAAAGACAAGACCGUUUAAUGAUUUUUUUAUUUGUUCAGUGUAUUUGUGUUGUCUACUGUCUUUGUUCUACCCAUGUGUGUUAAAGUGCCUUUGACUGAGCAGUAUUGAGUCACUAUACUGUUGCUGUGUAUUUCAUAGUGCACGGUGCCUCACUCAAAGAUUUAGCCAUGUUUACUUGUCUUUACCAAAGUAAAUAAAGAAGAUCCCUUCGUUUGGGCCAACUCCUCUGAAUCCAUACAGUGGAUGUUUCCAUCCUGCACGGUGCUUCAGGCUGCAGCCGCAGAGUCUGAAUGUUGUUGAGUGUGAAACUCGCCUUAAAGAGCUUGACCCUCUGUUGUUAAACUAAAGCGUCUGAUCUGUUCUUGAUCUUUGGAAGGGGCAUGUAGUCAGCUGUCUUUCCUUUCUUCAAUAAAAGCUUUGCAAUAGCA